AUGUUACACCCAAGCCGUCAACAACAAAAUGUUAUUUUACCACCUAUUAAGAGUUUAAUCGACUCUUUAGAUACUCAAGUAAACCCACAAUCAUACGAUAUAAAUAGUAUAAACAACGCACGUUUAUCUGCUGUCACUCCAUUGAAUGCUACGUACAAAACAUAUGUACCUGAAAAGGCUUAUUUAUCUAUUCCCUAUUCAAACAACAUACGAUCCAUACCUACUCCAAUCCCGUCGCCACAUGCUUCUCCUCUAUCAUAUCCAAUUAGCGAAGACGACAAUCAAAUAUUAAAUGCUGCUGUUGCUAUAAACUCAAUUAACCAAAGUUUAAAUAACGUUGUCACUUCUACUGUACCACAAACAAAGGUCGCAACUAAGACAAGUCGUACCAAAGCUCAAAAGAAGGUUAGAUCCAAAUCAUUUUCUACAAUCAAUACACAAACUACUAGUAAGACAAGCAUUGGUAAAAGAUCCAACUUACCAAAACAAUCUGUCGAUGUUCUAAAUAAAUGGCUAUUAAAUCAUUUAGGCAACCCAUACCCAACUCCAAAAGAAAAAGAAGAACUUUUGGAAUUGACUGGUUUAUCUAAGAUUCAAUUAUCUAACUGGUUUAUUAAUGUGAGGAGAAGAAAGAUCUUUAAUGACUAUUAUAACUUAAUCAAUAAACAUAACGGUGCUGAUUCGGCUUCUUCUUCAAGUGAUGAAGAAUCUAGUCAAAAUUUGACUUUACCAGUCACAAGACGUAAGAAGUUAAGCGACAGAUUAGAAGAACUUAAAAAAUUAAAUGAAUUAUAG